GUUGUAGCCAUUCUACAGUAAGUACGGAAAGAUCCUUUGUGAAAAAGCCGAAGGAGGAAAAAAAAAAAAGUAGUAGAAAACUAUUUCUGGAUGUUCGUCAGACCAGACUACCUGCACCAAUGACAGACAGACUUUCCUCGAGAAACAAAUAAUGUCAAACAACACUGCUGUUCAGAGGAGCCAGAAUCUCCCCAAAAGACGCCUAGAAAGCAUAGGGGAGUGUCCUGCGAAAAGAAAAGCUAGCUGGGGUAUUCUGACCAGCCAAGGUUCUUGGGCAGAUCGCUCACCUCUGCAUGAGGCAGCCAGUCAAGGACGUCUUCUUUCUCUAAAGACUUUAUUGUCACAGGGGUACAAUGUAGACACACUAACAAUUGACCAAGUAACUCCACUUCAUGAAGCCUGCUUAGGAGAUCAUGUAGGAUGUGCCAGAAUCCUUCUUGAAGCAGGAGCAAAUGUAAAUGCUACAACAAUUGAUGGAGUGACACCGUUAUUUAAUGCAUGUUCAAGAGGCAGUGCAGCAUGUGCAGAGCUCCUGUUAGAGUAUGGUGCCAAAGCUCAGUGGGAAUCCUGUCUUCCAUCACCAACUCAUGAAGCAGCCAGCAGAGGUCACAGUGAAUGUCUGGAGGUACUGAUAUCCUGGGGUAUAGAUGUUGAUCAAGAUCUUCCUCAUUUAGGAACACCUCUCUAUGUAGCGUGUGUUUCACAGCAGAUUCAUUGUAUUCGAAAGCUUCUUUAUGCAGGUGCCAAUGUGCAGAAAGGAAAGCAUUUGGAAACUCCACUCCAUGCUGCUGCCCAGCAUUCUAGUACAGAGAUUGUAAACUUACUCCUUGAAUUUGGGGCAGACAUAAAUGCCAAAAAUACAGAUUUUCAGAGGCCUGUUGAUCUAGCUGCUCCAAGUAGUUUAGUGGAGAGAAUGCUGCUCCUUCAUGAAGCCACGCCACCUUCUCUUUGUCAGCUCUGCCGACUAUGUAUCCGAAAUUACAUAGGAAGAGCUAGACUGCAUCUUGUCCCACAACUCCAGCUGCCAACAAUACUGAAGAAUUUCUUACAGUAUAGAUAACUUAGUAAUUAACCUUUAGAAACUUGACUAACAAGUACUUCUCCUUCUGUUUAUUGUACGUUUUAUUUAAAGAACUGCUGGGCGGAAAAAAAAAAAAAAGCCUUUUGCAUAUUACUUAAAAAAAAUAAAUCUUUGACACCUGGUGUUGGUAUAGAGUAAUAAUUGGGAGCCAUUCAGCAACUGGUACCAAGGUCCUAAUAUGGCUGAAUUGAAUAAGUGUGCUGAUAUUCUGGGAAAUGAUUGUGUAGCUUUAGUGUAACACUUACUGAAUAGCUUUAGUGCUGUUAAUUGUAAUUGUAUUUAUACUCUUAAAUUCUGUUUGACACACAGAGAGGUUCUUCAUUAUUAUUUGUUAAGUUUGUCCAUUUGAAGUAAUUAUUUUAUGUGUCUUUAAAUUUCUAUUGCUUGUGUACCUAAAAGUACUUGGCGAUAGGUACACUAUAUACCUUGAU